ACCAAAUCAAGACUCAAGAGCACGUAACACCCAUGAAAUAAUCAAAAAGCAAAUGAAAAUCAUCUCAAAUACGGCAAAGCCGACAUAUAUACACGUUAAAUCCACGCCAAAACUCCCUCCAUUUCCAUCUUUUUCUAUCUGUCUCCAUCCAAUCAUUACUUAAUUUCAAGACCGUUUAAAAUUUUCGUAUCCAUCCUUCGAACUCCCACAACAAUCUCCCCAGUCUCCAACUCAAAUCCCUAGAAAUCCAAUUCGAUUCGAUUCGAUUACCUAUAAAUUUUUUUUCAAUCCCCAAUUAUCAUUUUCUGUAAUUUCAUUUUUAUUUCUCACAGCCCUUUUAAAUCGAUUGAAUAUUGUAGUUGAAAUAUCAAAUCACCAACAAUCAAAAUUUUCAAAUUCAUAUUAAUUGAUUGAUUUCAAAUCACCAACAAUCAAAAUUUUCAAAUUCAUAUUAAUUGAUUGAUUUCAAAUCACCAACAAUCAAAAUUUUCAAAUUCAUAUUAAUUGAUUGAUUUCUGUGUGUUUAUCGGCAAAAACAGAGUUGGAUGGACCUAUUCCAGAAUGCGAAAACAGUAAAACUACGAAGCCAUCACGACAAGUAUCUCUUAGCAGAUGACGAUGGAGAAAAAGUAUGCCAAGACCGCCAUGGCGGAUCAAAGUACGCGAGGUGGACAGUAGAGUAUGUUAAAUCCUACGAAGGUGUCGGCCUGGUUCGAUUUAAGAGCUGUUACAACAAAUAUUUAACAGCAACGGAUGACGAUUUUUUGUUAGGAGUAACAGGUAAGAAGGUAAAGCAAACUAUUCCCAGGCGAUUGGAUUCAUCAAUUGAAUGGGAACCUAUUAGAGACGGGAUGCAUGUCAAGUUCAAAACGAGAUAUGGAAAUUUUUUGAGGGCGAAUGGUGGGCUUCCGCCAUGGAGGAAUUCCAUAACACAUGAUGUUCCUAGUAGGAGUCAUACGCAAGAUUGGAUUUUAUGGGAGAUGGAGGUUCUAGAGGUUUAUCCGGAAUCGAAGGAUGGGGAAAGUGAAGAUAAGGAGAAGCCUAAGUUCGAGAGGUGCGAGUCUGAGUAUGAUCCUUCUUCUUGGGUUUCUCAUUCUCGGCGUAAUGAGCUUGGUGGAUCAAAUGUAAAAAAUGAAGGCCGCAUGAUACAUUAUAAUGUAGUGGGCGAUGAUGGAAAUAUUGUUGAUGAAGCUGCUGGUGAACUUUCUUUGAUUUUCACAGGAACUGGGUUACCGGAGCUGACUCAAUUGCUGGAGGAAGAGACUGGGUUGGCUGAAGUUACAUUAUGCUCACGUAGUCCUUUGAAUGGAAAGCUGUAUCCAAUGCGGCUGGCUCUUCCACCUAAUCAUGUGAAAUUGCAUGUUUAUGUUGUACCUUCAUCUUCCAAAGCUGCAGCAGAGUUUGGUGCGAGUUGAGACUCAGAGAAUGGGGCUGUCGAUUUUGUGUCAUUGGAGUUUUACUAAAUGCAGUUGGAGCUUUCAGGACAGAAGUGUAAUCAAGCUUUCUGGACUUGCAAGAUCAAGUGCUUAUGUGCUAGUUACAGGAUUUCACUCAUUCCAGGCAGCUUAAGUAUCAUUUUGUUAAAUUCAAUGUCUUGAAAAUGUAGUGUAUUCUGAAUACUUUUAUGCAUGAGAAAAUUCUUCAUGGAUUGUAAAAAUUUAUGCAUCACAGUUAGGCAUGGCCACGGUCCGGGUUGGGCCGGUUCCGUUCCGGUUCCACCCGGUUCCGGUUCCGGUUCCAUAUGGAACCUGUCGCGACCGGUUUCGGUUCCGGUUCCGGGCGGUUCCAACUCACGGGACGGGCGGGUCGGACCAUCGGUUCCAUUUUUUUUUUUCUUUAAAUAUUUAUAUAAUAAAAAAAUACUAUAAUAUUGCGGACGUACCUUUGAUGAUUACUUGAUUAUUAGCGAAAUUCAUUGCUUGUCAAGUUGUCAUCGUUAUUAAAAUAUUUACUAAAAUGAAAAAAAUAAAUUAAUAAGAAACGAAUCAAUGAUAAUGUCGAUAAAGAUGAUUAAUAAAAAAAGAGGGAGAAAAUGGACUUGAACCUAGUACCCAAAUGAAUACUAAGCUGCCUACGUAUCCCGAAGGAAUCAAAGCCCACGUAGUUCUUUGUCAUACCUUUUAUUUAUAGUUGUUGAAUGUUGAUUUAUCGUUGCCCGAUUGAUUCUAUUCGUCUUCGUCAUCAUCAUCUGGUUGGUUAGAUGCUUCCGCUGACUCUCCUCCUGACAAUGAUGCAGAUGUAUCCAUCAUCAUCCAUGGAUCAUCAUCAUCGUCUUGAUCAUCAUCAUUCCUUAGUCCUUGUGUUCGAAUCUCCGCUUGAUCCCAAUCUUUCUUGCAAACACAUAUUUGAAUACUAUGUGGAGCAAGACGAGAUCUCUUUUCGUCUAAAACUCUUCUACCUGCACUAAAAGCAAACUCCGACGCAAUUGUUGACGCAGGAAUUGCAAGGAUAUCCUUUGCAAUUCUUGAUAAAAUGGGAAAUUUUACAGAUUUUUCUUUCCACCACUCUAAAAUAUUAUAUCUACCUUGGU